GUCAUUGCAUUUCCCUUGAUAUUUUCAAGAUAAUUUCAAGAGAUAUUCUUUCGUAGUUUUGCAAAGACAUUUCUGUUUUCUCAGUGUUGAUUAUUCUCAACGACCUUGCUGGUUAACGUUGCUUUAACAUAAUCUCCGGUGCAUCUCCAAAUCUCACAAUCAUGUCAAGUGGUAUCCUUCGCACGCAAGGCACGGAAGUCGUUGGCCAGGAUGGGAAGCCCGUGAUUCUGCGCGGUGCGGCCCUGGGAGGCUGGAUGAACAUGGAGAACUUCAUCACCGGCUACCCUGGGCAUGAAUCGGAGCACCGCGCUGCCAUGAAGAAGGUUCUUGGGCAGGAGAACUACGAGUUCUUCUUCGACAAAUGGCUUGAGUAUUUCUUUACAGAUGCCGAUGCGGUUUUCUUCGCCAGCUUGGGGCUCAAUGCUCUGAGGCUGCCAUUUAACUACCGACACUUUGAGGAUGAUAUGAAUCCGAGGGUGUUGAAGGAAGAGGGAUUCAAGCAUUUGGACCGCGUUAUUGAUCUCUGUGCCAAGCAUGGAAUCUACACAAUUCUGGAUAUGCACACGGUGCCUGGUGGACAAAGCCAAGACUGGCACUCUGAUAACCACUCUUCCUGGGCGUCUUUCUGGGAUUACAAAGACCAUCAAGACCGUACCGUGUGGCUGUGGGAAAUAAUUGCUGCGCGAUACAAGGGCAACCCUUGGGUCGCAGGUUACAAUCCUAUCAACGAGCCGUGUGAUCCUGAGCAUGUCCGCCUUCCUGCCUUCUACCAGCGCCUGGAGAAGGCCAUUCGAAUUAUUGACCCAGAUCACAUCCUCUGGCUUGAUGGAAAUACAUUCGCAAUGGAAUUUGUCGGCUUCGAGCCCCUCGUCUCCGGCCCUACCAAGCUCCCCAACACUGCCUACAGCAUCCACGACUACAACUCCAUGGGCUUCCCGUCGGGAGAUGCAUACCUCGGAACAGACGAGCAGAAAUCCAGGCUUGAGAAAUCCUUCCGCCGCAAGGCAGAGUGGAUGGCCAAAUACGACGUUCCUUGCUGGAACGGCGAGUUCGGGCCAGUCUACAGCAUCCAUGAGAAGGACCCUGAAGCUGCGAAACAGAUCAAUGAGCAGCGCUAUAACAUGCUAGCGGAGCAACUGAAUAUUUACGACAAGCACGCUAUCCCAUGGAGCAUUUGGCUGUACAAAGACAUUGGUCUGCAGGGCAUGAUCUACACAGACCCGGAGUCGAAGUGGAAUCGUACUAUUGCUCCUUCCCUCAAGGUCAAGGUGGACGCACAGCUAGAUGCGUGGGGAUCGUAUCCCAGCGCCUCCAUGGAGUCAGUAAUCGCCCCGCUUGUGGCAGAGCUUGAGAAAGUGAACCCGGAUGCGAAUGACGAAUACCCAACCCCGUGGAACGUGGAGCGUCAUGUCAGGCGUGCGGUGCUUCAGACGUUCCUGUCGCGGACGUUGUCGGAUAAGUUUGCUCAGCAGUUCAGUGGGAUGGGCAAGGAGGAGCUCGAAGAGUGUGCGAAGAGCUUCCACUUUGACCAGUGCAAGAAGCGAGAUGGGCUGAAUGAAAUUCUGAGGGAUCAUGCGAAGUUGAGCCAUGCUUAGAUAUCGAACACGGAAUGUAUCCGUUCUAUCUCUUUCUCCAAUGGGCAUUCGCAGAACAGCCACAAGGCAUCAAUAGGAGCAAAGUCUCGG